ACAGCCACAGUCUGGCAUUCAUCGACAAUGGCAGGCGUGUACUUUCUGGGCCAAGAUUUAGAUUCUUAGUUUAGACGUUUAUUAUCGGUUUAGUUAUACAGCUAUCAUGCCACACAGAUAUACAUCUAGCGCACCCGACGUGAUUACAGCGAUAGCAUUAGAUAACAAGGACAUUGGUUUCAUAUUCGCGAAUAAGCAAGAUGAAGAGCAAUCUAUAACAGACAAUCCACAGAAGAGAACUGCAUCUGAUAUUGCUUCAACUUUGCUCUCUAGAUCGGCGACAACUAGACAAAAGAGCGCUACAGAGAAGUACGCUAAUCUUGACAUAAACAGAGAGCUCCACUACCGCGAGAAGGAGGAGAGAAAUCAAGACACUCAACUUAAUGAAAGGAAGUCAAACAUCUGGUCGUCAAUCAAGAGGAAAGUUUCUAUGACGUCUUUAGCAUCCCAAACACUUAGCUCAGUAAGCACCGCUACUAAAAGAACAAAGAAAUCAAGUUUCAGUUCGCUUCAGCCGGAAGUCGAGCAACCUGAGUGUGAAAAUGAAGGAAAGAGGAGCACAGAGAGUGCGCCAGAGAAAGGCACACAAACUAGUGGCCUCAGCGGUCUAAGAAGAGCAGCCACUGUUUCAGGCCAACCCCGUAAACAUCCACAGAGGAAGAGGGAGACACAAGACGAUUCAGCGAUAGAUUCUAACGGGCGUAACUUAAAAAAGCCACCAUCGUCACUCGUUCUCGGAUUUUUUGACCCCGACAACGGUAUAGCUAUCGGAAAGUACAACAUCGCGCACAAGUCGACAUUCUCCAAGAGCGAGAAAACUAAGAAGAAGAAAAAAGAGGAAUGCGAUUAUUUCUAUGAGCCUAAUACAGCACUGGCUAUUGGAAAACUCGAUGAUUUUGGCUCUUUCCCAGAAUCACCUUUGAAAUCACCGUUGUCUAGAUCGAGAACGACGAAGCAUAAGCGACUGUCAAAAUCUAACGAUAAUAUUGAAGACGGCUUGCCAGUCUGUGAGUCACAACCUAAGAGAUAUAUUCGUCGCAGGAAGACGCCGAAAGCAGAGACAACCGAAAACACAAGCGAGAAAUCCAUAAGCAAGACAAAUAAAGGUGCAAAGAUACGCACAAAGUAUAUACAAAUGAAGCAAAGUAAACCUUAUAUAGUACUAGCGAAAAUAUCGAGAGUUUGCACCUGCAGAUGUAACAAAACAUAAGCGGAGAUAUCGUAACAAGAAUACCCAAACAUCCACACUCAUUUCAAUUUUAAGGCUUCAUCACACUAUACUCACUUACAUUUUAUUAUUGCAUGUAAU